AUGGAAGUCCAAGGUUUUGGCGUCGUGGACCUCACUGCUAUAAUUACUGCCACUGAGGCGAAUCGAUUUAUUCCCGAAGAUAGGCCCUGGUCGAGCAAGUCGGCAAGUUGGUUGCUUGAAAAUGACAUGAUUGAGGCAUAUUUCUGGUAUGCUUCUGAUGGGGCGAGAAGACUUGGCCCAAACAAUGCAUCAAGGGGUCACAUUGAAUUUGGGCACAUCGUGAG